UAGGCAAAAAGUAAAAACCGUUCACAAGAGAGAAAGUUAAUACCCAAUUUACAUGCCAUCAUUAAAAGGAAAACAAGAAUAUUAACUUUGUUUUAAGGAAGCAAUUAUGAAAACCCGUGUAUCUUUUGUACUCGUAUAAGACUUACUCGUACGUUGAUGUUGAUAUUACGGUGCGAAUAUUACUCAUUGUAAAAAAACCAUAAAGGUUAUAAUUGGUAUUACAUACAUAUAUUUUGCCCACAAAAUCCUCAUUUUCACUCCGUCCUCUACAAUAAAGAAGGAGAUUAUCCCCAAAAAGAGGAGACAUUACAAGUUGCAAUAACUACCAAGAAAUACUAAUCGUAUCGUCGAUAUCGUAUCGUGUAAUGAGAUUUGAAUUGCCUUUCUCUUGUCCUAGAACUUACCAAAAAAAUCGUUAAACUUGAGCUUGACAGUCCCAUUUUUGCCAUUGAUUGCAGCACUGACGAGCAACAUACAUGACCUAGGAAUGUAUUCUAAGAAAAUUAUCCGGUAUUAUCAAUUUUUCUUGAAAAUUUGUAAUUCUUUGGGAUGCAUAUCUAUCGAGUGGGAUUCUACGAAUCAACGCCUCCGUCCAGUCCAGUCGGUUUGGAGGAUGAGACAGUUCAAGUUACAUAUGGCGAUUGCCAUCGUGCACAAUAUUUUCUUAAUUUUGAGUCUCAAGGUUAAAUUAUUUACUUUUUUAGCAUUUAAAUUUUAUUUAAAUUGCUAACAUGACCAUUUUCUUGAUAAGGUGAGAGACAUUCCAAAAUUUGGGGUGGCUUAUCACAUGCUCGCAAUCUACUUUAUGAUCGGUUACAUCAUGUGCAAUGGGUGUCGCGUGGUUUGUUGGUUUUACCAAGAAGAACUCAUCACCUUGGUCAAUGCUCAGUUGGACUUUGAGAAAUCGUUAAACACUUAUCGAACAUUUCAGCGAUGGCGAGAAAGAGGCAAGGUUAUUUUAGUUUGCAAAAAAACAGUGUUAUAAAAUUUGCGUUUUUUUUGCACCAGUAAAACCAUGGAGUACUAAUAAUGACGAUCAGGACGAGCUUAACAAUCCUGUCGUGGCGAAAACGCUGGAGGCAAAUGUGUCCGGAAAUGGAGAAAAGUUUGAGAGAAAUUUACUAAUUCUUGGCAUAAUAACCGGGUGGUCGGUGCCACUGCUGGUGUUUUUGAUCCUGAUGGCACAUCCAUGCCUGCCACCCUUCAUUGGGUCGAUUUUAUUCACAUAUGUCAACAAUCACUGCACCACGACGGGAUUUUGGGCGUAUGUCGGAAUGGGAGUUAUGAACUGGUGGAUGCAUUUAGAUAUGGUUAUGGGGUUUGUGUUUUCAAUGUUUGGCCUCUUUUUCAUGAGUAUUGCUCUCCUCCAGGAUUAUUUAUAUGUCAUUCGAAGAAACUUUCCUCUCGUCCAAACUUUUGGAGUCCAACAUAACAACGAUCGUCCAUCCUCCGCGGUACAGAAGGCACCUCUUCAGUUGUACCGUUGUGUCCAAGUGCUUGAAAAACAAGUCAAUAUUUGUUUCAAAGGUCAUUACUUCCCAAUUUUUCUCGGCGGAAUGACCGCCCUCACGAUAUUCUGUUUACACGCGUGCAUCCGACUGCCAGGAAAAAUUCCUAUGCCAGGAUUCUCAUACUUUCCGAUGGUUGCGUUUGACGGAAUUAUUUCCCUCUUGGUCAUGAACACCAGAGCGGCGAAUAUGCACGAACAAUCCUGUCAAAUGAUCCGAGGCUGGAGAAACUGUGCAAGGUUGCAGAGGAAACACUGGGUCAAAAAAAUGGCUUGGUCCUUUAUCCCACUAAAGAUUCAAUUGGGGUCGAAUUUUGUAGACCAAUUGACCCCACUGCUCAUCCUGAACUUUACCGUUAAUCAGGUCGUGUCACUGUUAUUGCUCAGGUCAUAG